CGCAUUUUGGUGUCAUGGAGAUGUGACAAGAAGAGAGCACCGGGCACGAGUAGGAGCACGAGGGAGAGGAGCUCGGGCCGACAUUCCCCACGGUCUGCACCAGAUUGCGGGUGAUAGCAACAAGGGAGCUCCAUCCUCGCAACCUGUCACAGUCAUCAGAAAACGUCGUGCACAAGACCGGCUAUGCUCGGAGAGACUAUGGACACUUCCAGCUCGGCAUUUCUCCUCGCGACAUGAGAUAGUGUACAUCACACAUCCUGACCAUGGAAGAGCGACGAGUUGCGUCGUUCAGCAUCGACGUCUUCGCCGAUAAGGCCAACGCCAAAGACGUCGUCACUGGAAUCCUCCAUACUAUCUUCUGGUACCGCAUCUUUGCAAACCUCGAGCCCUCAUCGCAUGAUGUACUAGACGUUCCGAUACCUUGGAUCCAAGAUGUCGACCUGCAAACACUGGUCGAACAGCGAGUUGAUCAGUUCGUCCGCCAGAUCGAUGCCGACUCGAACGACCAGAACCAGAACACUCGUGGCCAGAUGGUCGUACAGUUCAGUGAACGAGAGCGUAGACGCAAGAAGGGCUGGUUCGGCCAAAAGGACGAAGACUUGGUUUGGGAGACGUGGACUCUGAACAUCGCCCUCGCUUCUCCACGCACUCAUCAAGAAGCAACUACCUCCCGAAGAGCCAUCGAGAAAUCACUCAGCAACGCCAUCCUGAAAAUCACCGACAUCGUCCAGCAGAACAAAGACCAUGUCCCUCCAAUCACCACUCAAGAUACCAACACCUUUCCAUACCACAUCCUGGUCAAUCCCAAAAACGAUGGCUGGGGCCAGCGCAUGGGUAUUUUCUAGAAGAGAAUACAGGGAUAAUGCCACAUAUUACAUUGAUCAGUUGUUCUACCCACUUCCAGUCUUCUGCAACCUCCGAACAUGACCACGACGAGGUGCAAGUCUUCUGAAGGACCGAUCAGACAGCGCCAAGCUUUCGAGGACAAAUACAUCAAGCGGAUGCAUCCAACAUCUCCCUACACAUCACUAGGUUAC